AAUAGUGUUCCCUAACAACAGACAAAGCUUGUCAGUGUGGAUUCGUGUGAAGACGCCUCGAUAACAGCGCUUCUGCUUCACUCCUUCAAUGCAGGGUCCCGACAGGCUCUCCGGCUGCAGAGAGUAGGCUGAGCGUGCAGACAUGUCGGGUCGCUCUGCUGCAGAGAUGGACGACUCGCAGGAGCUGCCGGCAAAGAAGGCCAAGAUUGAGCUCGACGGUGGACUGAAGAAAGAGCAGAGUAAUCUGGGCGACGAUGGAAGCCCGUCUGCUGUUUUAGCGUCAUCGGAGCAGGACAGCUCGUAUUCUGCUCUGUCCACUGCCCAGCUGGAUCCAGUUGCAGGUGAACACGAGCAGUCGAACCCGGACAGAGGAGCAGCAUCUCAGACGUGUGACGACUCGAUUAACUCGUACGCACAUCCAGCCGCCGACACAACGGCCACAUCUGAAUACGGCCAACAGGUUUAUCAGGGGAGCAACCCAGCGGUGACGUCCUACACCGGCCAGGUUGCCUUCCCUCCUCUGGCUCAGUCCACCGUGUACUCGGCCUUCCCUCAGACCGGACAGACUUACGGCCUCCCGCCCUUCGGCUCGAGCUUUACAACAUCCAGCGUGUACUCCAACAUCCCCUCAGCUACAGCCGUCACCACAGCCUCCACGGCCGUCGCCCACCAGGAGUUCAGCAGCUACAACUCUCUGGGACAGAGCCAGUUCUCCCAGUACUACGCUCUGCCUCCCAGCUACGUACCUGGUCUGCCCAGCAGCAACGAGCACAGCGCUGGUGUCGGCGUCGCUGGAUAUUCAGCUGUGAAGUCAGAGGAGGCUGCUUCAGCUGGACUGCCUCCCAGAGAUGCGUCUCCGCCUGAGAACCUCCCGGCAGGUGCAGCUCUCCCCACGAACGUCGCUCUGCCCGCCGGAGCUCGAGAUCAGGACGACGUCGGCCGCAGGAACUCGGUGGGAAAAGCCAAAGGAAAGGGCAAGAAGUCCGACAGCUCGCCACCUGCUGACACCGACCUGGAGCGCAUUUUUCUGUGGGAUCUGGAUGAAACCAUCAUCAUAUUCCACUCGCUGCUCACCGGCUCUUACGCACAGAAGUUUGGAAAGGAUCCAGCCACUGUGCUGAAUUUGGGCCUGCAGAUGGAGGAGCUGAUCUUCGAGCUGGCAGACACCCAUCUUUUCUUCAAUGACCUGGAGGAGUGCGAUCAAGUCCAUGUCGAGGAUGUAGCUUCUGAUGACAACGGACAGGACCUGAGUAACUACAACUUCCUGGCGGAUGGCUUUAACGGUCCCAGCGGUGGAGGAGCUUCAGGAGCCACCACCACCGGAGUCCAGGGAGGGGUGGAGUGGAUGCGCAAACUGGCCUUCCGCUACCGCCGGCUAAAAGAGAUCUACAACAACUACAAAAGGAACGUUGGGGGCCUGUUGAGUCCCAUGAAGAGGGAGCUGCUCUUAAGGCUUCAGUCUGAGAUCGAGAACGUCACGGACGCCUGGCUCAGCACAGCGCUCAAGUCUCUGCUGCUCAUCCAGUCCAGGGGGAAGUGUAUGAACGUGUUGGUCACCACCACUCAGCUGGUUCCCGCUCUGGCCAAAGUGCUGCUCUACGGUCUGGGAGACGUCUUCCCCAUCGAGAACAUCUACAGUGCCACAAAAAUAGGGAAGGAGAGCUGCUUCGAGAGGAUCGUCUCUCGCUUCGGGAAAAAAGUGACGUAUGUGGUGAUCGGUGACGGCAGAGAUGAGGAGUUUGCAGCAAAACAGCACAACAUGCCCUUCUGGCGGAUCUCGACCCACGGCGACCUCGUGUCCCUCCACCAAGCGCUGGAACUGGACUUCUUGUAACGGAGCUGCUGUCGAAUGUCGCACGAUAAAAAAAAACACAAAAAAAAAAAAACGUCUCGCCGGUGACUUGUGGAGUGAAACUGUGUGGAGAGAGAAAGUGAAAGAAGAAGAAGAAGAAAAUCCUCCACGACCCCCGACGACACACACUCACCUGUUAGAAACCAACCCGCUCUCACUGUGCGACAUUCUGAGGUGGACUUUGGGUCAGAGCCGACUGAGAAUCGAGCUGGUCGGCUGAAUGAAGGUUCCUCUCGCCCAGCGCUCCCUCCUCUACGGCAGCUAACCUCACCACGGCACUGAUUUGGACACAGAAGGGAUAACUUUCUUUAGUUUUUUUUUUUUGUUUUUUACCUUCUCCAUGGCCUUUAUUUUAUUUUCUCUUCAGGUUAACACCCUGCGGCGAACUUUAUCCCUCCUGGUUCUAUUGCUCUGCAUCAGCGUUCUCUUUCGGGGCUGUAGAAGCUUCGCGUUUCUUUUGCAUUCGUAAGACUUGAAAGCAUCAUUUUUGCAAUCUGGUUUCCAAACCGUAAAGUCACAAACAGUCAUCAAGCACCAAAACAAUCCCACUUCUAUUUAAUUUUGGUUUGCGUCUCAUGUAGCCAGUUAACAAAAGGUACGAGAUGGGGUUUUGAAAUACCGUGACUUGGUCGUGACCUCCCCUCCUGACCUGACCAGACCACAGCAUCCGUCAGCAGGCGGUGCAGUCGGUGUGAUUCGUAGUCAUGGGCAUGUGCAGGCAGUGUCGUGAGUCAUCCUUCCUCAAAAGACACCACGAUGAAAAAAAAAAGAUGCACUAACCAUUCACAGAAUUUGUCUCAGCAACAACUGGGGCUUUUUCAGACGAGUUGCACUUUGCUUUGGAAUUUUCUGCCCCGAUAGUCGAAGUAUUAUUAGCAAAGCAGUGCACGGGUUCUUAAAAGUCACGUCGCAGUCCGGUGAAAACCACGAGUCGCCAUGUGAGGUGAAGCUGAAGGACUGAAAGAGGCUUUAACGUUGUGCUUUGACUCCACGCACUGGAAGUUAAAUGCCGGUCUCAUAGUUUCACUUGUUUUCAGCUCCAAACAAACAAAAACAAACUAAGCAGCAGCUGAAUCCGGUGCUUCUCGGACUGAGGCUGUGAAGCUUCCAGAUUACGAAAGCUUGUAGAUGAACUCAAAGCCUUUAAUUGUGCAAAUGGAGCAAUGUUUGAAUGUGUCUUCAGCAGAGUUGAAUGAACCACCUUAACUCCAUUUUGGCUCAUGUUCCACUUCAAUUUAAAGUCCUGCAUCUCUGUGGAAACUAAAGUUAUUCGCUUUUUUUUUUUUUUUACAAACGGUGCCUCUGGGUACCGUAGAUAUUUUCCAAUUUAACCUUCGUCUCUAUUUCCAUCUGUUCUGUUUAAACACAGCCUGCAGUUCAACCUAAAAGUUUCACAUUUUUUGUCAGGUGGCUGUCGGUCGUAGCUCAGUCACUCGUGGCUUCACGGUUGCGCAGAGUCGAACAGAAUUUUUCAUUUUUUACAGAAUCUCGUCAACGCAAACUGUUGCUGCUGUUCGGAGGAUUUUAACAUUAGAUUCGGUAGAACUGCACUUGAUUAGAAGCCACAUUGUCUGAUAAAUGGUGUAAUUUUGCCAUUUUUCAAAUAUAAAAGCCUUUUUCAGAUGUUUUUUGGGGUUUAGAAGGUUUAUGAGUCGGCUUCAGUGCUCUUUUUGUCAUCUGGACGUCUUCAGCCUCAGACAUGAUCGGUCUUCAGCUCUUCACCUGAAACAAGCAGAACAGUUUCUCACCAGUUCUGACACGUUGGAGAUUCCUGGUUUUCACAGCAGUGCGACGACAAUCUUUGUAUAUUUCCGCGGCCUGACCGUCGGGCUCCUCAGAGCACAGUCCUAAGUGUCCUUGAAAUCCCACAAAGAGAGAAACUUCCAUGUCAGGACGAGUGGCACAGUCUGUCUGUAGAACAGUGGGCUUCUGACGUUUGAGGUGGUUUUUGUCGUUUGGUGUGAAAAGCAGGACGACUGCUGACAAAACAAACUGAUCUGUGUUUUCUGAAUGUUCAGUGUUUGAUAGUGGAGGCGGUGAAACGUGAGCGCCACCGACUUUAGUGUUUAUUGUUGGAAAGUCAGAGUUCACUUACAAACAUGGACGUCUCGAUUGUUGUUGUUUUUUUCCUGUAGGUAGAACUAAAAACUAUUUCGUCAUUUUUCAAGCAAAAAUGCAAAAAAAAAAGGACAAUCUGGGAGUCUGGGUCGGUGGAAACACGCGUGUUGAAGAUGUCGUUUUGGGUUGAAAAAGUUAGAGCGAAGGCUGCACAGUUUUAAUUACUUUCUUAACCCAUAAUGGUCAGUAUCAAUCAAUAAUCAAUAACCAGAAUUAUUAUGUAUGAGCUCUGGUUGGAGGUCAUGAACCAAACGGUCCAAACAACUAUUGGAUUAAUGGGGAAAAUAAACAACUUUUGCAGCUAAUUUCAUCUAUAAAAUGCAAGAAAAUAGUGAAAAAUGCACAAGGUGGCAUGUUUACAUCGACCUAAUCCAACGUAUUUUCAUAAAGGACGAAGAAAAACUGAAAACCGGAAUGAAAACAAACUACAGUUUGGUACUUUAGUGCCAAAAUGACUCAUUCUUUGGAUUUGGGAAAAAGUGAGUGACAUUUAUCACGAUUUUGUGAGAUUUUGCCCAAACAACUAAUUGAUUAUUGUGGAAAAUAAUCAUCAGCUGCAGCUAAAAUCGCCUGUAAAACGUCCAAAAAUAAAGGAAAAUGCACCAAGUGGUGCCUUUACAUUUACGAAAUGUAAAGUAUGUUCAUAAAGGAGUAAGAAAAACGACAGAUAACAGUAAAAACAGGCAAAAAUUGGGUAUUUUUGGUUUUUAAAAUGACUCAAAUCGUUGGCUUUGAGGAAAAAAUAUUUGUUAGUUGCAGCCGUAAUGGAAGUUAUAUUUUAUGUACCAAAUGAUUCAUCAAGAAAAUGAUCGUUUCUGCCCUAAUUUUGAAAAUAUUAGUCAAUUGGAGCUAAUUUUGUCUGUAAAAUACAGACGUGACGCUGAAACGUCGACCAAAACCCAAAUAGUUUCAUAAAGGACUGAGAACAAAAACAGCAAAUAGCAGUCUAAACAAAUUACAUUUUACUGUUUUUGCUUGAAAAAUGACCGAUUAUCAGAAUGAUUGCAGACGAACCUUUGAGUAAUGAUCCACACGAUGACCCCCGGCCUUUCUGAGUUGAGGAGGAACAAAGAAAAACCAAAACCAAGGACGAUGACUGUGCAAUAGAGUUCUACUUUUGCUCGUUAACUGUAUUCGGAGGGAUGUUUGUCGGCGGCGGAAGCGGCGGGAGGCGACCCUCCCUGGUCUGAAUGAGAUUUUACGACUGAACAAUACUGAGCCUGAAGAAGAUAUUUCCACACAUGCAGCUUGACCGUUACGAAUGUGUAUUUCUGUGUAAUUAGUUUGUGUGUGACUGUGCAUAUUUAUAUUGUGCCUUUAACCAUCAUCCGUAUGCAUAAUCUCAAAGGGAAACAUGUACGUUUUGUUUUGUUUGAUACCUAUAUCGCUGCGUUGUCGUAUUAUCCAAAGUGUUAUUUUACUUUUAUAACGCUUUUCUUUGUUUUUGUUUGUUCUUAAAUUGCUGGUAAGAUUUUCUUUUUGUUACUACGUGUGACGUUUGUUUGAGUUGUUCUGUCUGCACUGUAAGGUCUCCUCGAAAAACUCGAUUUUUCAUCCUCGACAUCAGUGUCCCUUUUGUUUUUUUUCCCCUCCUUUAGAAAAGGAGCUCGCGUUGAUUUUGUCGCUUCGAGACAAUCACGAUCCGUAGACAUGGUAUUCUUUUUAAGCGCAGAUCGAGUCGUGAAGCGCGGCUUUAAGCGAAGCUGCCUCCUGGUCGCUCAGUGUUCUACUACCUAAUGAGAGAAAUUAGACCUUCUCAGCAUAUUUUCAGCUUAUUGAAUGUUUUGUUUCUUUACUUUACCUGCAUGUCUGUUUUGAAGUAAAUCUCAUGGGAAAUGACCAUGAAAUGUUUAAGGGGCUUCAGUAGAUGUGUCCUCUUCUUAUUUGUAUUCUUUCCAAUGCCAAAUACUGUCGUCGUUUAAAAUGCUGUCAGUUUUCAGUUUUUGUUUCAUGUACUUUCAUCUCAUUUUCACGGAGGCGGUCUGAGUCUCACGCGGACGCCCGGAUGUGAUUCUGUAAACCAAACACUUAUCGUUACAAUAAUCGAAGCUAAUUUAAUUCCAGUAAUCACUAUGUUCCCUCCACAGUCCUGUAAGGUUCUCCUGUGUACACUCAAUACAAUGUAAAUACAUUUUAAACCGUUUCAGA